AAAAUAUACGAUAUUUUCUGUAAUCUAAAAUGGUAGAGCUCUGCUGACGUCAUCAAUGGUGAAACUGCCUAAUUAUUUUUUAGCUCUCUAGAUCACACAGAAAGCAAGAAGAAGAAGAAGAAGUUGCAGAGACCUUGACAACGACGAAGAAGAUUCCUUUUCUAACCAAAACUACGACGUUUCACUUUUAGGAUCAGUAAUUUGAUUAUGAAGUGGUAACUGCUCAGUUGGAGGUACAAGAAGCUGAGAUUUGCAUCUGAUUUUGGGGGUUUAUGUGAAGAUGAAGGUAGGGAUUGCUGCGAAGUUGAUUGUUGAUGCGCUUUUGCAGCGGUUUCUUCCGCUUGCGAGGCGUCGAAUCGAAACAGCACAAGCACAGGAUGGACAGUACCUUAGGCCAUCAGACCCUGCCUAUGAGCAAGUAUUGGAUUCCUUAGCUAUGGUGGCACGACACACACCUGUACCUCUUCUUGAAGCACUUCUUCGGUGGAGAGAAACCGAGUCCCCAAAAGGUGCAAAUGAUGCAUCUACAUUCCAAAGAAAGCUUGCAGUGGAGUGUAUUUUUUGUUCAGCAUGUAUCCGCUUUGCUGAGUGUUGUCCACAAGAAGGACUUACAGAAAAACUCUGGCUCGGACUUGAAAACUUUGUGUUUGAUUGGCUGAUAAAUGCUGACAGGGUUGUAAGUCAGGUUGAAUAUCCUUCAUUGGUCGAUUUACGUGGUCUCCUUCUAGACCUAGUUGCACAACUCCUGGGUGCGCUGUCAAGAAUCAGGUUUAGUUCUGUAACUGAGCGGUUUUUCAUGGAACUCAAUACCCGUCGGAUUGAUACUAGUGCUGCUCGGAGUGAAACACUCAGUAUCAUUAACGGAAUGCGCUAUCUAAAACUUGGGGUGAAGACAGAGGGUGGGUUAAACGCGUCAGCUUCCUUUGUAGCAAAAGCCAAUCCUCUUAAUCGUGCACCUCAUAAACGAAAGAGUGAACUUUAUCAUGCCCUCUGCAAUAUGCUGUCAAAUAUUCUAGCACCGCUUGCGGAUGGUGGUAAAGGUAACUGGCCUCCACCUGGCGUAGACCCUGCAGUUACCCUCUGGUAUGAAGCUGUUGCACGGAUAAGAGUCCAACUUAUGCAUUGGACAGAUAAACAGAGCAAACAUAUAGCUGUUGCGUAUCCUUUGGUGACAUUGCUUCUUUGUCUUGGUGAUCCUGUGGUUUUUCUCAAUAACUUUGGCACUCAUAUGGAACAACUGUAUAAGCAUCUUAAGGACAAGAACAACCGGUUCAUGGCUCUGGACUGUCUUCACCGUGUUAUGAGAUUUUAUCUGAGUGUUCACGGGAAUUCCCAACAAGCAAAUCGUGUAUGGGAUUACCUGGACAGUGUGACAGCUCAGCUUCUGACAAUUCUCAGGAAAGGGAUGCUUACACAGGACGUACAACAUGAUAAAGUUGUCGAGUUCUGUGUUACUAUGGCUGAACAUAACCUUGAUUUUUCUAUGAACCAUGUCAUCUUAGAAUUGCUGAAACAAGAUAGCCCAAGUGAAGCAAAGGUUAUUGGUCUUCGUGCGUUACUUGCCAUCGCAAUGUCUCCCACAAGCCAGCAUGUGGGCUUGGAAAUCCUUCAUGCUCAUAACUUAGGCCACUAUGUUCCAAAAGUUAAAGCUGCAAUCGAGUCUAUUUUGCGAUCAUGCAAUCGGGCUUAUAGUCAGGCUCUUCUCACUUCUUCAAAGACAACUAUAGAUGCUGUUACCAAGGACAAGCCACAGGGAUAUCUAUUUCGCUCGGUUUUAAAGUGCAUACCUUACUUGAUUGAAGAGGUUGGUAGGACUGAUAAAAUCACCGAGAUUAUCCCCCAACAUGGAAUAAGUAUCGAUCCUGGUGUGCGUGAGGAAGCGGUACAAGUACUGAACCGGAUUGUGAGACACCUUCCCCACCGUCGAUUUGCGGUUAUGAGAGGUAUGGCAAAUUUUAUCCUACAGUUGCCAGAUGAGUUCCCUCUUCUCAUCCAAACAUCACUGGGACGCCUUUUGGAACUCAUGCGUUUCUGGAGAGCUUGUCUCUCUGACGAUGACGUUGAAAACGAUGUUACCAAUGCAAAAAACGUGCAGAAAAAACAAGGGUUUAAGAGAUCUUCAUUUCAUCAAGGAGAACCGAUAGAAUAUCAUGCUUCGGAGAUUGACGCUGUUGGUCUUAUCUUCCUUAGUUCUGCCGAUAGUCAGAUCAGACACACAGCAUUAGAGUUACUUGGCUGUGUGCGGGCCCUACGGAAUGAUAUACGAAACCUAUCUGUUAAUGAAAGAUCAGAUCUAACAAAAGAUGAAGCGGAAUCCAUAUUUAUAAUCGAUGUUUUAGAAGAGAACGGGGAUGACAUCGUUCAAAGCUGUUACUGGGAUUCCGGGCGUCCUAUUGAUCUAAGACGAGAAUCUGACGUUGUACCUCCUGAUGCAACGAUACAGUCUAUACUUUCUGAAAGCCCUGAUAAAAAUAGAUGGGCUCGGUGUCUUAGUGAGCUUGUGAAAUACGGUGCAGUGCUGUGCCCCCAGUCUGUUCAAGAAGCAAAGUUGGAAGUUAUUCAGCGGCUAGCAUACGUCACGCCUGUUGAACUAGGGGGAAAGGCGCACCAGUUUCAGGAAGCAGACGGAAAACUAGAUCAGUGGCUGAUGUAUGCUAUGUUUGCGUGUUCUUGUCCACCUGGACGGGAAGGAGCUGGUUCAGCAACAACACGGGAGCUGUUGCGUCUUAUCUUCCCGUCACUAAAAUCUGGUUCUGAACCACAUGUUCAUGCAGCAACAAUGGCUCUUGGGCACUCACAUCUGGAGGUGUGUGAAAUGAUGUUCAGUGAGCUUGCGUAUCUAAUGGAUGAGAUUUCUUUGGAAACAGACGGAAAACCAAAAUGGAAGAGUCAAAAGCCUCGACGUGAAGAACUCCGAAUCCGCAUUGCAAAUAUAUAUAGAACUGUUGCUGAGAAAAUUUGGCCUGGCAUGUUGGGACGUAAGCCGGUUUUCCGUCUUCACUAUAUGAAGUAUAUCGAUGAAACUACAAGAUUACUCGCGAAUUCACCUCUUGAGAGCUUUCAAGAAAUGCAACCUCUUCGCUAUUCACUCGCAUGUGUACUACGAUCACUGGCUCCGGAGUUUGUGGAGUCAAAAUCAGAGAAAUUCGACCCGAAAACUAGAAAACGAUUAUUUGAUCUUCUUCUCUCGUGGUGUGACGAAUCUGGUAGUACAUGGAGUCAAGACAGUGCAAGUGAUUACCGACGUGAGGUUGAACGUUACAAGUCUAGUCAACACUCUCGAUCAAAAGAUUCUAAUGAUAAAAUAUCAUUCGAUAAAGAAGUGACUGAACAAGUUGAAGCCAUUCAGUGGGCUUCCAUGAAUGCUAUGGCUUCCCUGUUAUACGGGCCAUGCUUUGAUGACAAUGCAAGAAAAAUGAGCGGUCGGGUUAUAGCUUGGAUUAAUAGUCUCUUCAUUGAGCCCACACCCCGUGCUCCAUUCGGUUAUUCACCCGUAGACCCAAGAACCCCGUCUUACACUAAGUACACAGGAGAAGGUGGUCGAGGAGCCACUGGACGUGAUAGGAACCGCGGUGGUCAUCUUCGUGUUUCUCUUGCUAAAAUGGCUUUAAAGAAUCUUCUUCUUACUAAUUUAGACUUGUUCCCUGCUUGCAUCGAUCAGUGCUACUAUUCUGAUGCCGCUAUAGCAGACGGCUACUUCAGUGUAUUAGCCGAAGUCUACAUGCGCCAAGAGAUACCGAAAUGUGAAAUCCAGAGACUUCUAAGUCUGAUCCUAUACAAAGUGGUGGACCCAUCUAGACAGAUUCGCGAUGAUGCUUUACAAAUGCUCGAAACAUUAUCUGUCCGCGAGUGGGCUGAAGAUAAAAUCGAGGGGUCGGGAAGUUAUCAGGCGGCAGUCGUCGGCAAUCUCCCCGACUCUUACCAACAAUUCCAGUACAAGUUGUCUUGCAAACUUGCAAAAGAUCAUCCCGAGUUAAGCCAGCUUCUUUGUGAGGAAAUUAUGCAACGGCAACUUGAUGCUGUUGAUAUAAUCGCUCAACAUCAGGUUCUAACAUGCAUGGCUCCGUGGAUCGAGAACCUAAAUUUCUGGAAGCUUAAAGACUCGGGGUGGAGUGAGCGGUUAUUGAAAAGUCUUUAUUAUGUGACAUGGAGGCACGGUGAUCAGUUUCCUGAUGAAAUCGAGAAGCUCUGGAGUACUAUUGCUAGUAAGGCCCGUAAUAUACGCCCGGUUUUGGAUUUUUUAAUCACUAAAGGAGUUGAAGAUUGUGAUUCAAAUGCUUCUGCUGAAAUAAGUGGCGCCUUUGCUACGUAUUUUUCUGUUGCUAAACGAGUAAGCUUGUAUCUAGCUCGGAUAUGUCCUCAAGGGACCAUUGACCACUUGGUUUACCAACUGGCUCAACGUAUGCUCGAAGAUAGCUUGGAACCGGUUAGACCGACAGACAAGGGUGAAGCCAAUGGGAAUAAUGUUUUGGAGUUUUCCCAAAGUUCGGCAGUGGCCCAGAUUGCAGCGGUUGAUAACCAGCCUCAUAUGUCACCAUUACUGGUCCGGGGAUCUCUCGAUGGUCCGUUACGGAAUACCAGUGGAAGUUUAAGCUGGAGAACGACUAGUGUCGGCGGACGGAGUGCUUCAGGUCCGUUGACCCCGAUGGCUCCGAAGGUGAACGUGGUUCCAGUAACCGCUGGGCGGUCCGGUCAACUCAUUCCAGCUUUAGUCAACAUGUCAGGACCUUUAAUGGGGGUUCGAAGUGUGAACGGAAGUAUAAGAAGCCGACAUAUGUCUCGAGACAGUGGGGACUACCAGUACCACUUAGAUACUCCAAAUUCUGAAAUUGACGGUAUGCAUCCUGCUGGUGGGACCCAUGGUGUCAAUGCUAAGGAACUUCACUCGGCUCUACAAGGGCAUCAACUGCAUUCAUUAACCCAUGCUGAUAUCGCAUUGAUUUUACUUGCGGAAAUUGCUUAUGAGAAUGAUGAAGAUUUCCGGGAGCAUUUACCGCUACUUUUUCACGUCACGUUUGUCUCGAUGGAUAGCUCCGAGGACAUCGUUUUGGAACAUUGCCAACAUUUGCUUGUUAAUUUGUUGUAUUCUCUUGCGGGGCGCCAUUUGGAGCUUUACGACGUUGAAAAUAGUGACGGUGAGAAUAAGCAACAGGUCGUAAGUUUAAUAAAGUAUGUCCAGUCGAAACGUGGGAGCAUGAUGUGGGAAAACGAGGACCCGACUCUGGUCAAAUUUGAGCUUCCGAGUGCAGCACUUUUGUCGGCACUCGUACAGAGCAUGGUGGAUGCUAUAUUUUUCCAAGGUGACCUUAGAGAGACUUGGGGAGCUGAGGCGCUUAAGUGGGCCAUGGAGUGCACAUCGAGACAUCUCUCGUGCCGGUCCCACCAGAUCUACCGUGCAUUACGGCCACGCGUGACUAACGAUGCUUGCGUCUCGCUUCUCCGAUGCCUCCAUAGAUGUCUAGCAAAUCCCAUACCUUCUGUUCUCGGGUUUGUUAUGGAAAUUCUUUUGACAUUACAGGUCAUGGUGGAAAAUAUGGAGCCCGAGAAGGUUAUUCUCUACCCUCAGCUUUUCUGGGGUUGUGUAGCCAUGAUGCACACGGAUUUCGUUCACGUUUAUUGCCAGGUUCUCGAGUUGUUUGCUCGUGUCAUUGAUCGUUUAUCGUUUCGGGAUCGGACCACUGAAAACGUCCUUCUCUCGAGCAUGCCAAGAGACGAGCUCGAUCAUGGUGUUCCUGACACCGACUUUUUAAAAACGGAAUCAGAAACCACUGGUGGGAAAGUUCCAGCUUUUGAAGGGGUGCAGCCACUUGUACUUAAAGGAUUAAUGUCAACUGUGAGCCACGGUGUGUCAAUCGAGGUUCUCUCACAGAUCACCGUCCAUUCCUGUGACUCGAUAUUCGGGGACCCAGAAACGAGACUCUUGAUGCACAUCAUCGGCUUGCUCCCAUGGCUCUGUUUACAGCUAAACCAAGACGCUGUUUCCGGGCCUGCUUCGCCCCUGUUACACCAAUACCAAAAAGCUUGUAGUGUUUCAACAAACUUAGCGAUCUGGUGUCGUGCAAAAUCAUUAGACGAAUUAGCGACAGUUUUCAUGGCCUAUUCACAGGGGGAAAUCAAGACGAUAGACAAUCUGCUUGCUUCCGUGUCACCAUUACUAUGCAAUGAGUGGCUACCGAAGCACUCGGCACUAGCAUUCGGGCAUCUGCUUAAGCUUCUAGAACGCGGACCCGUGGAGUAUCAACGGGUUAUUCUUCUAUUGAUGAAAGCAUUGCUUCAGCAUACACCCACGGAUGCUGCUCAAAGCCCGCAUAUGUACGCAAUCGUUUCUCAAUUGGUUGAAAGCACUCUAUGUUGGGAAGCACUUAGCGUACUCGAAGCCCUUUUACAAAGCUGCAGCUCCCUGACCGGGACCCACAACCAUGAUCCCGCAUCGUAUGAGAAUGGUCUUAGUGGGACCGAAGAUAAGGUUCUAUUUCCUCAAUCGUCUUUCAAGGCUCGCAGUGGACCACUACAACAGGCCAUGGGUUUAGGGUUUGGACCAGGUUCAAUGCUGGCUACGCCAGCUAGUCUUUCUGAGUCGGGUGUUUCGCCAAGAGAGUUGGCUUUGCAGAAUACGCGAUUGAUCCUCGAGCGCGUGCUUGAUAAUUGCGCACUUGGGAAAAGAAGAGAUCAUAAAAGAUUGGUACCUUUUGUGACCACCACUGGUAACUCUUAAAUCUAUUUAGUUUCUGUGAACUGUGUACAUUGGUGUAUGUAACAUGCCCAUUUUGAAUUUAAUUAUAUAUAUGAUAUUUAGAAUCAA